CCGCCGCCCCGCCUGGCGCGCCCCGCUGAGGCCUGGGGGGCCGGGGACCCCCCCUCCGCCACCCAGCGACGCUGUGGGCCUGGGGCUGCAGCGGGCCGCGCCCUCCCCGCCCAUGGCCCGGAGGUACGAUGAGCUGCCCCACUACCCAGGCAUCGUGGAUGGCACAGCAGCCCUGGCUGGCUUCUCAGAGGUGGCGCCCCCGGCACCCAGAGCCCCCGGGCCCUAUGGCCCCCACCGGCUGCCCCCGCCCCCAGGCCUGGACAGUGACGGCCUGAAGAGGGAGAAGGAUGAGAUCUAUGGACACCCACUCUUCCCGCUGCUAGCCCUGGUGUUUGAGAAAUGUGAGCUGGCCACAUGCUCACCCCGAGAUGGGGCGGGAACUGGGCUGGGUGCGCCCCCCGGCGGCGAUGUCUGCUCCUCCGAUUCCUUCAACGAGGACAUCGCUGCCUUUGCCAAGCAGGUCCGCUCCGAGAGGCCCCUCUUCUCCUCCAACCCAGAGCUGGACAAUCUGAUGAUCCAGGCCAUCCAGGUGCUGCGGUUCCACCUGCUGGAGCUGGAGAAGGUCCACGACCUGUGCGACAACUUCUGUCACCGCUACAUCACCUGCCUCAAGGGAAAGAUGCCCAUCGACCUGGUCAUCGAGGAGCGGGACAGUGGCUGCAGGGAGGAUCUGGAGGACUUCCCAGCCUCCUGCCCCAGCCUCCCAGACCAGACUCCACGGUGCUUGGAUUAUAGGUGUGCAUCCCCCAUGCCCAGCUGUGAACCCCAUCUUGAGCCAAGGCACAAAGAUAAUGCAUGGAUCAGAGACCAAGAGGACAGUGGGUCUGUGCGUCUGGGGACCCCGGGCCCAUCCAGUGGGGGCCUGGCCUCGCAGAGUGGGGACAACGCCAGCGACCAAGGAGACGGGCUGGACACGGGCGUGGCCUCGCCCAGUUCUGGGGGAGAGGACGAGGAGCUGGACCAGGAGCGGCGGCGGAACAAGAAGCGGGGCAUCUUCCCCAAAGUGGCCACCAACAUCAUGCGGGCCUGGCUGUUCCAGCACCUGUCGCACCCAUACCCCUCCGAGGAGCAGAAGAAGCAGCUGGCGCAGGACACCGGGCUCACCAUCCUGCAAGUGAACAACUGCCGCCUCCCCAGGUUCAUCAACGCGCGGAGACGCAUCGUGCAGCCCAUGAUCGACCAGUCCAACCGCACAGGCCAGGGUGCAGCCUUCAGCCCAGAUGGCCAGCCCGUGGCUGGCUACGCGGAGACGCAGCCGCACCUGACUGUCCGGCCCCCGGGCCCAGUGGGGAUGAGUUUGAACUUAGAAGGAGAGUGGCAUUACCUAUAGAGGCUGGAGUCUGAAGCACCCUGCCUCUGGACCGUGACCACCGGCCUGGCACCUGCUCGGUCCCCACGGCCCUGUGGCUCCAGAACUCCAGCUCCUCAGCCCCUCUGCUCAACGCCUACCUCCCUGGAGCCCCCAGGACAUGGGGACCUGAGCGUCCGCCUGAGGGCCUCUCAAAGACAGAGACGUGGCCUCCAGCCCUGCCCCCACUGCUGUCUGCCCAGGCCUGGGCCUGGCUGCAGAUGCCAGUGGCUUGGGGCCCCACCUGUGGGACAGAGAAGGGACUGGGGGUGGGCUGGGGCUAUCAGGGAAGGAGGGUCACCCGGAUCUGACAUUUGGGGAGAUUCCUUCAUCCUCCCACUCCACUCCCCCUUCUCCUUCUCCCACCUUCCUUCUCUGAUGUCUUCUACCUUUUUUUAAUGAUAAAAUCUUAAAUAUACAAAUCCA